CACCCGUCCCCAUAGAGACAGGCUCCCACAACAGGGCUGCUCGGCACCGUCAAACCCCGCAGUCCCGUGUCAGAGGCGAUGCCAGCGUCAGUAUGAGCCAGCCAUAUUUUUUUCUUCUAUUACAUCCUCAAAAUCAGGUUUUUUAUUAUUGGAUUAACGACCAUCAGCCACCGGCCGCAGCUUCAUCAUGACAGGCCAGAGAUUUGUCUCGCUGGACAGGGAGGAGUCUCUGUUAUUCUACCGAUAGCUGGAGCCAGGCUGAAGCCAGCAUGUUGGGGUUUUUAACAAUACAGUCGUCUGAAAGCUGAAGCUGCGAAGAGUGUCCAAAUGUGCUCUUAGAAGAUGGAUGUGAGUGGUGGAUGGACCAGCACCUGGAGGAGAACAGCAGCAGCUGAUGAUGAUGAUGGCGAUGGAGGAGGAGGAGGAGGAGGAGGAGGAGGAGGAGGAGGAUGUGUGGAGGUCCAGGUUGUACCUCUUGAGCUUUAUGACUCUGCAAGGGCCAAAAUAGAAGCAAAUCUCUGCUGGUUAUUUGCCAAAGCCUAUGGCAAAGAACACAUCCCUGAAGAUUUAAGAGACCCGUUCUACACCGACCAGUAUGAGCAGGAACACAUCAAGCCCUCCAUCGUCCACUUGCUGCUGUCUGGAGAGCUCUACUGCCAUGUGUUUGGACUCAUCCUUGACACUGAGCUGGCUGCCUCACUCCAUAACCAUCAGUCUGUCAUCAAAACCCUGACCAGAAAAGGCAUCUACGCCCUGGGGACUGACAUCACACCUGUGUCUGAUCUGGAUCUCAUCUCAUCUCCCAUCAAAAUGAUUGCCCACAUCCAUCUCAUUGAUGCUCUCAUGAUGGCCUACACAUUACAAAUGAUCAACAUAAAGGAGAUGAUAACCAGUGUCAAGCGCUUUGCAAACUUCAGUGCCAAAGAGUCUCCCCAAGAUUUGAAAGAAGCAAUGGUAUUUUGGAUUAACAAGGUGAACAUAACGUUGAGGAAGCUCACAGAAAAAGAGCAGCAAAUGCUGGAGUCACCCAGCCAUCCAAAGUCUCCCUCCAAAUGGUACUGGAAGCUUGUUCCUGUGCGUUACCGUAGAGAUCAUCUGUUGGGUUGCACGGCUCAGCACUUCCCCUUGUUGGAAGACCUGGCGGAGGAUGCCUGUGAUGGCAAAGCUCUGCUGACUUUGAUCCACUUCUAUUGCCCACAAAUUGUUAGACUGGAAGAUAUCUGCCUGAAGGAGGUCCUUUCCUUAGCAGAUAGUUUGUACAACAUCCAGCUGCUGAAAGAGUUUUCUAACAAAUACCUGAACAGAUGUUUCUAUCUGAAGUAUGAGGACCUGCUGUACUCUCCACCUGAAUUAACGAUUAAUAUAAUGGUCUUCGUAGCUGAACUUUUCUGGUGGUUUGAGAAUGUGAAGCCAGACUUUGUACAGCCCAGAGACUUUCAUGGAGUCAAAGAUGUGGGAUUGCUACUGCAGCCUAAAACGUCUCGCUCCUAUGUACCCAUCUCCAACGUCGCCAAACGGAACUUCAUCCCCUCAUCAAACUCCGCAGAUAUGUUGACCAUGAGCCCAGGCCAUGACCUCAGCACUAGAUCAACUUCAUCAAGCCCACUUCACUAUUUUACACCCCCGAGACAAAAGAAGCCUGUAAAGGGGGGCCCUUCAGAGUUGAGAACUAGGUCAAACACUGUGACAAAAAGGGAACCGACCGACAUCUGGGCGUGGCCAGAUAGGAGGGCAAGGCGUUUAUCUCAGUCAGUGUCCUAUGCCCCGCUUUUUCCCUCAGAGAGUGAUGCAGACAGUAUCCCCCUCGCUCGCUCCAUUAGCAAAGACAGCUUAGCCUCUAACAUCAUGUGUAUUACUCCCAAACACAUGCUGGUGUCAGGUCUGCCUCAGCACAGACUCAGCGCUCAAAGCCCGCUUCUCCAUCAAACGGAGGGUGACAUGGAGCCGGAUGAGUUUGAAGUGCAGAAUGCAACGUCAUCCUCACGGGGUUCUACCUCUUUUUGCACUCCCGGUCCUGACCCGGGUCGCUUCACUUUGGACUGCCUGGCAGACAGCUACUAUCUGGAGCCUUUGAUGCCUACGGUCCCAAAACCAGCAAAGGAGAAGAGCAUCAGUCUAAACAAGCAGGAGGAAAGUGGGGAGAGUUCCUGCAGAGCUGCUGCAGCUGUUAAAAAAUCCACUACUAAUAUCCUAGGCACUUCACAGAAUACAUUUUCUGUGGCUCAUCCAAACAAAAGUAAAGUUACACCCACACCCACACCUGCAGCAGAAUCAGCCUCUUACUCCCACAGGCUGCUGAACGCUGGGUCAAAAGGCAACUCUCAGUCUGACAAGACACCGUCUCCUGGCUUUUUCCUUCACUUGUCAGAGGAAGAAGACCACCGCAGCUCAUUCUGUACUAUGCACGAAGCAGGUCAGGACUCGGAUUCCGACAUUGCAGACCUUGAGGAAGACGAGGAAGAUGAUGGUGAGGUGGAGCUGAAGAAAGAGAGCUUUGGAAAAUGCUCAGAGAAGGGAGUCAUGACUGCCUUUGGAGAUGGGGAAGGGGAGUCAGACAAACUUAAAGCGGACUCAAAUGUGAGCGAGUGGGAAGACAAGGAAGAUGUGAGUGGACGUUCCAGCCCUUGCCCUAGUACUGUAUCAUCAGCGAGCGGCUGUAGCGUGUCAGGCAGCGCUAGUGUCAAGAUGAUUAGCUUUGCAGAGAAAAAGCUCCUCAAACUCGCCCUCCGUGAUGGAUACUCGAGUACAAGCAGCUCCCAAAAAACCACACCCGAUGGCUCUGAAACCGCCCAUUCCUGGCUGGGGAAGGAGUCCAGCACGGUACUGGGGAAAGCUAUGAAGAUUAGUCCUCAAGUUGCGCCUUCGGAUCUGCUUCAGCUUCACAUGCAGCUGAAAGAACAAAGGCGGGCAAUAGAAUAUCAGAAGAACAAGAUGGAGACUGUAUCAGCGAGGCAGCUUGAGAAAGCUGCAUUCUCAAACAUUUAUAGGAAGGGUGGAGGGAAGAGUGACACUCUUCCUUUACCUCUGAAACACUCCCAGGAAUCCUCUGGACUAACAGGGGCUGACAGGAGGAUGGCAAAGGCCCAGUCGUGCAGGGAUGAUUCCUGCCUUGAUGCUCUGAAAGGUCAAACCGGGGGAGGGCCAGCGAAUAGAGACAAUCGGUGGAAGACCUCGCCCCAGAACAAUGGUCCUCAAAUUGGUUUGAAUGAAUGCUCACGCUCCAUCGAUGUACUUAAUAAAGCCAUUAGCUCCAUUCAGCGACAGAUGAUGCAGCUCUCCUCGCAACAAGAUUUUCUGAUGAGGCAGUGCUCUGUCUCACGCGAAGAGCCCGUACAAACAGACCCAAGCACAAGCUCAAGCACAACCCCCGAUACAACACAAACCGGAUCCUCUACAUCAGACUCUAAAUCUUUCACAGUUCAUUUUGUAGAUUGCAGCGACAGCAGCCCUGUCCCAGCUCGUCGUCCACCAAAGCUUAGCUCCAGUCAACGCAGCAGAGCGUCAGAGCUGAAACAGGGUAUAGAAAACAGCAAAACGCCCUCUGUCAAGUCCGGCAUCCCAUCCAGAGACUGCACGCCACCCUCUCCAGGAAUUGAAUUAGGUGAACUACCAUCACUGGAUGCAGAGCAAGAGGAAGAAAGCUCUGCUGACGCAGGCACAGAUGUUGUUUGUGGUGAUGAGAAUAGCAGGAGCAGGGCUCACCUGAAGGAGGUCGACUUGUCAGAGCUUAAGGAUCCUCUAGAAGAUGGAAACACAGACAUUAUGGACCCCAUGGCUGAAGGCCAGAACAACGCAUUAGGCUUCUUCUUCAAGGAUGAUGAGAAAUCUGAAGAUGAGAUGGCAAAACGCCGGGCUGCCUUCCUCCUCAAACAACAGCGUAAGGCCAAAGACGCAAGAUUACGCAAACAGCAGCAAGAAGCAGAGAGUGAGCUCAAACGAGAUGAGACUCGGCGCAAGGCAGAGGAAGAUCGUGUUCGUAAGGAGGAAGACAAGGCGCGCAGAGAGCUCAUUAAACAAGAAUAUCUGCGGAGGAAGCAGCAGGCCCUGAAGAAAGAGCAGGGUCUGGUUAAGCCUCGCACCAGGACUACACCCGGCAGGAACACGCCGAAAUCACUGCACCGCAAAGAGUCCAGUAACCUGUCCAAAAGAUCCAACACACUUGAUUUCUGUCAUCGAGGAUCGACGCUGUCUUUAGCCACCGAGACAGAGAGUGUCAUAUCUGGAGAAGCAGAGUCAAGGGCUGAGUCUGUGUGCUCUAUGGAGUCGUCCCCAAUGCUGAGUCGGGCACCCAGCAGGAACAUGGAGCGAGACUGGGACAGAGGGUCUAUAGCAUCUUCCAUUACGUCAGAGUACAGUGGUCCUAAACUUUUCAAAGAGCCAUGCUCCAAAUCCAACAAGCCAAUGAUCAUCAACGCCAUCACUUACUACUGCCUGCCUGGAAAGGUCAACGAGGUCCAGAAAAAUGUUCUCCUUGAGGAGUUGGAAAAGUGUGAUUCCAACCACCUCAUCAUCCUCUUCCGUGACAGCUGGUGCCAGUUUCGUGCCAUUUACUCUUUCCAACCAGACACCAGGGAGAUCAUCAAAUUCACAGGCACGGGGCCACACGCCAUCAGUCAAAAGAUGAUUGACAAGCUCUAUAAAUACAGCGCGGCCAGGAAGGAGUUCACCGUCAUUCCGACUAAGACAAUUUCCGGCAGCGUGAGCGCUAUCACCAUCCAUAACUACCUCUGGGCACAGAGAUCAGGGAGUGCACGGAGAAAGUGAACAAGAGGGACACAUGGCAUUUUUGUUUUCUUUUCUUUUUAUAAGCUAGUGUUGGGCAGGACCCAAAGUAUUAAGAGGACUCUGAUAUUUCCUUUGAGAGGCUGUUGGAUGGUCUGUAGUCAUGUGAGUAUGAACAUAUUUCAACAUACUGGACUCUCUUUUUGAAUUUUUAGCUUUCUAUUCUGCAUGCCGCACUGAAAGUGAUUUCAUUUGUAGGCUUGUCUUACAUCAAACACUACUGAUGAUGAACUUCUACAUUGCAACAAAGACUAGAUUGAUCCUUUGAAUCCAAUACUGCUGAAACAUUUACCUACUACUGAGACCAAUUGUAACAACAAACAUCUAUGAACAAUAUAAUGGCUUGUAAAGUUUACCAUAUAAGCUUGGCAAAAAAAAAGAAGAAAAUAAUAAACCCACUUGCUGUGAUUAAUCCAGGCUGCACAGAGGCUAUUUCUGCUACUGGUACAAGAGUUUAUGAAGAGGGAACUUUGAAAAAAAGUAUGCGGUACCGUCAAGUCUUUGUUGCUUUUUAGGGUGUUUGAGGAUGUGAGUGAAUCUGUACGUUAGAGGAGAGCUGAUUGAACUGCUCAUGCAUUUGGGUCUGAAUGGUUUUACACUCUCGACUGUGCUUUAAAACUUUUGUUCAUGUAAAAUGAUCCUUUUUUUUGGCUUGUUUGUUCUUUCAGUCUGGAGACGUUUGCUGCUGUUAAAGCAGGGGACCUGCGUAUUAAUAUAUCUAUCCCAAAAAGGGGGUAUUUACCAUGUUUGUGGUGCAUCAUAUUGUAUUGAUUUCCUUCUCCUCUGAUAUCCCUGACUGAGUCAUUCUGCUAAACCGGAACAACUUGAGUUGAGCUACUGAGCUGUUCGCUGUAAAUCACUCACAGGAUUCUGGUGACGUGAACUUUUAACAGCCUCAGUGGGUGAAAUUGUUGAAUUUCUGGCAAUGAUUGAUUUUCAGAGGCUGUGAUCGUGUUUGGGGAAACUGCACAAUACUUAGCAUUUGUUUGCUGCAUUUUUGUACAUUUGAGUGGUAUUUUUUGUACAUAAUGUACAGUUUAUGUUCACUAAAAAGCAGGCACUAUUUUGAGGUUUAUUCUGUUACAGAGAUGUUAUGUUUUAUUUCCCUGUUAUAUGUUGUUUGUUUAUUUUAAAGAAACAUAAUAAAAU